AUGUCGUUAUUUCUAGAUCCAUAUUCCGCACAGACGGUUGACGAAACGAAGAUAGAGGUUGCGAAGGUGCAGUUUGAUGCGAUGAACACAACGUUUAAUGCGAUGCUUAGUACAUGUUUGGAGAAAUGCAUACCACACGAUGAGUAUGGGGAAUCAGAUUUGAACAAGGGCGAGAUGACUUGCAUAGACAGAUGUGUGGCCAAGAUCCACUACAGUAACAGGCUCAUAGGUGGUUUUGUGCAGUCGAGAGGGUUUACUCCGGAGCGUCAUCUACCGUACGACCGCAUAGUGGAAGCGAAAGUGCAGCACCCUUCCGGGAAGUAG